CACUUGGACGGUGAAGCGGAGUUCACUGCAGUGGCGGCUCCGCCCAGUGCAGCCACAGGCAUCGCUGGUGGCCGGGAAGGGCAUACUGCCCCUUUUCCAGCCCUCAGAAGUUUACUGCCCUGUGCCUGGAGCUCCCGGCUAGGUGGUCAUCCCCUGACCUUGUGUUAUACGUUGGAUCUAGUGACCAUCCAGAAAUGCUUGUCUCCUGCCAUUGGUGAAUAACUGCAGACCAUGGAUCAUGCUGAAGAAAAUGAAAUCCCUGCAGAGACUCAGAAGUACUACGUGGAAAGGCCGAUCUUCAGUCAUCCUGUCCUCCAGGAGAGGCUGCACGUCAAGGACAAAGUCACAGAGUCUAUCGGGGAUAAGCUGAAACAGGCAUUCACGUGUACUCCUAAAAAAAUAAGAAACAUCAUUUACAUGUUCUUGCCCAUCACUAAGUGGUUGCCAGCGUAUAAAUUCAAGGAGUAUGUGUUGGGUGACUUGGUCUCAGGCAUAAGCACUGGGGUGCUUCAGCUCCCUCAAGGCUUAGCCUUCGCGAUGCUGGCAGCUGUGCCUCCGGUGUUUGGCCUGUACUCUUCGUUUUAUCCCGUUAUCAUGUACUGUUUCUUCGGAACCUCCAGGCACAUAUCUAUAGGUCCUUUUGCUGUUAUUAGCUUGAUGAUUGGCGGUGUGGCUGUCCGGUUAGUACCAGAUGAUAUUGUCAUCCCAGGAGGAGUAAAUGCAACCAACGGGACAGAAGCCAGAGAUGCAUUAAGAGUGAAAGUGGCCAUGUCUGUUACCUUACUUUCAGGAAUCAUUCAGUUUUGCCUAGGUGUCUGUAGGUUUGGAUUUGUGGCCAUAUACCUCACAGAGCCGUUGGUGCGAGGCUUUACCACUGCGGCUGCUGUACACGUCUUCACCUCCAUGUUAAAAUACCUGUUUGGGGUCAAAACAAAGCGGUACAGUGGGAUCUUUUCAGUGGUGUAUAGUACAGUUGCUGUGUUGCAGAAUGUUAAAAACCUCAACGUGUGUUCCCUAGGCGUCGGCCUGAUGGUUUUUGGUUUGCUGUUGGGUGGCAAGGAGUUUAAUGAGCGAUUUAAAGAGAAACUGCCAGCACCCAUUCCUCUAGAGUUCUUUGCUGUGGUGAUGGGGACUGGCAUUUCUGCAGGGUUUAACUUGCAUGAGUCCUACAGCGUGGAUGUCGUUGGAACACUUCCUCUGGGGCUACUCCCUCCUGCCAACCCAGACACCAGCCUGUUCCACCUGGUAUAUGUGGAUGCCAUUGCCAUAGCCAUCGUUGGAUUUUCAGUGACGAUCUCCAUGGCCAAAACCUUGGCAAAUAAGCAUGGGUACCAGGUUGAUGGCAAUCAGGAGCUCAUUGCCCUGGGGAUAUGCAACUCCAUCGGAUCUCUCUUCCAAACCUUCUCAAUUUCUUGCUCCUUGUCGAGAAGCCUUGUUCAGGAAGGAACUGGAGGGAAAACACAGCUUGCAGGUUGCUUGGCCUCGCUGAUGAUUCUGCUCGUCAUAUUAGCCACCGGAUUUCUCUUUGAGUCGUUACCCCAGGCUGUGCUUUCUGCCAUUGUGAUUGUCAACCUGAAAGGAAUGUUCAUGCAGUUCUCAGACCUUCCCUUCUUCUGGAGAACCAGCAAAAUAGAGCUGACCAUCUGGCUCACCACCUUUGUAUCCUCCCUGUUCCUGGGCUUGGACUAUGGACUGAUUACUGCCGUGAUCAUUGCUCUGCUCACUGUGAUUUAUAGAACACAGAGUCCGAGCUACAAAGUCCUGGGACAGCUCCCCGACACUGAUGUGUACAUUGACAUAGAUGCAUAUGAGGAGGUGAAAGAAAUUCCUGGAAUAAAAAUAUUCCAAAUAAAUGCCCCAAUUUACUAUGCAAAUAGUGACUUGUAUAGCAGCGCAUUAAAAAGAAAGACUGGCGUGAACCCAGCACUCAUUAUGGGAGCGAGAAGAAAGGCCAUGAGGAAGUAUGCAAAGGAAGUUGGAAAUGCCAACAUGGCCAACACCACUGUUGUCAAAGUGGAUGCAGAAGUAGAUGGAGAAAGUGCUGCAAAGCCUGAGGAAGAGGAUGAUGAAGUCAAAUAUCCUCCAAUAGUCAUCAAAACAACAUUUCCUGAAGAGCUGCAGAGAUUUUUGCCCCAGGGGGAAAAUGUCCACACUGUCAUUCUAGACUUUACACAGGUCAAUUUUGUGGAUUCUGUUGGAGUGAAAACUCUGGCCGGGAUUGUGAAAGAAUAUGGAGAUGUUGGAAUUUAUGUAUAUUUAGCAGGAUGCAGCCCACAAGUUGUGAAUGACCUCACCCGCAACUAUUUUUUUGAAAAUCCUGCCUUAAAAGAGCUUCUGUUCCACAGUAUUCAUGACGCAGUCCUGGGCAGCCAAGUUCGAGAGGCAAUGGCUGAGCAAGAAGCCACAGUUCCACCUACCCAGGAGGAUAUGGAGCCCAAUGCCACACCCACCACACCAGAAGCAUAAAGGACCUGCAUGGGGCUGUGCACCUCUCAUGAAUUCUGAACUUAUACACAUUAAAUACAUUAAAUACCAGGUCAUAGGUUUGCUGUAAGGGAAACGCUAUGAGUUACGGCUUGAUUUGGAGGGUGAAUGCAAGAUGUAUCUCGCACUUGUGUUGUUUAAAUUGAGUAUUUCAAAGAUUAACUGGCCUCUUGCACUUCUGUAGUGGCAUUUCCAUCAUACCUUAAUAUUAUCUCUGUUUUGUGGGGGUUUUUUUCCCACUCCUGAUUUCUUUAUUAUCUGAAACCUUUGGAAUCACAUAAAACUACGAAAUUACCAAAUGUCUUAAAAUCUGUAUGAAAAACAUAAAUUACCUCUAAUUGCAAACCCUCAUUUAUUAAUGUAUUACUCAAGCCCCAAAAAAAGAGAAAGAGAAAAAAGAAAAGCUAAUCGUACACCAUUUUUUUUUUUUUAACGAAAAGAAUCUGUUCCUUCUACCUGUGUUCACCC